AUGGGCCGCAGGAGAUUGGCUGCGGCUAAUCGGUGGGGUACAGCCAGCGCUCCGUGGUGGGUGGCGCCAGGGUUACUCAAUCGGGAGCCGAACCUGCUGCAGACACACACUCGGCUCCUGCGCUGCGCUCCGCGGGCUGGGGGAGCGGCCCGAGCCCUGGCCCUAGAGGCCGCACAGAGAGAGAGAUGCGGGGCGCACGGGCGACGCUGCGGCUGCUGCUGCUGGGGGCUGGGGCUGGGGCUGGGGCUGGGGCUGCUGGUGGUGCCGGGCGCUCCGGCCGCCCGAGCCGAGGAGUACGACUACUACGGUUGGCAGGCGGAACCCCUGCCCGGCGGGGGCGGUGGGCGCUUCUACUCCAAGCCCCCGCAGUGCCUGGACAUCCCGGCCGACCUGGCGCUCUGCCACACGGUGGGUUACAAGCGCAUGCGGCUGCCCAACCUGCUGGAGCACGAGAGCCUGGCCGAGGUGAAACAGCAGGCGAGCAGCUGGGUGCCGCUGCUGGCCAAGCGGUGCCACUCGGACACGCAGGUCUUCUUGUGCUCACUCUUCGCCCCAGUCUGCCUGGACCGGCCCAUUUACCCAUGCCGCUCGCUCUGCGAGGCGGUGCGCGACGGCUGCUCCCCGCUCAUGGGCUCCUACGGCUUCCCCUGGCCCGAGAUGCUGCACUGCCACAAGUUUCCUCUGGACAACGACCUGUGCAUCACCGUGCAGUUCGGCCACGUGCAGGCCACCGCGCCGCCAGUGUCCAAGAUCUGUGCCCAAUGUGAAAUGGAGCACAGUGCAGAUGGCCUCAUGGAACAGAUGUGCUCCAGUGACUUUGUGGUCAAAAUGCGGAUCAAAGAAAUCAAAAGUGAAAAUGGCGACCGGAAGCUCAUUGGGGCCCAGAAGAAGAAGAAGCUACUCAAGACUGGACCCUUAAAACGCAAGGACACCAAGAAGUUGGUGCUGUAUAUGAAGAACGGGGCCAGCUGUCCCUGCCCCCAGCUGGACAGCCUGACUGGGAACUUCCUUAUCAUGGGGCGAAAGGUGGAGGGGCAGCUUCUGCUUACAGCUGUCUACCGCUGGGAGAAAAAGAACAAGGAAAUGAAGUUUGCAGUCAAGUUCAUGUUCUCCUACCCUUGCUCCCUGUAUUAUCCCUUCUUCUAUGGGGCUGCAGAGCAACACUGAAGGGCAGCCCUUCCUUCUUCCCCACCCAGUCUCAGCUGGUGCCUUCUCCUCCCAGCCCUGUGGACUAGCUGCCUCUUCCAACAGCCCCCAGCCACCACCUUCCCUCCUGCUCUGACUCGCCGUGCCUGAUGGAGCCAUUGAGUGGGAAGGAGAGCAGUUUCCAUGUGGGAGGAAAUGACAAGCAAAUUGAGGCCCAUCUGGCACAAUAUUACUGCCAUGGGCCAAUAGGUGAUGUCCUGGCCUUAAGGGGAAGGUAUGAAGUCAGGGGGUCACCUCCAUUGGCCAAGAUAUACUCUGGUACUCCUGGUUGGUACCAAAGGAAUUGGUUUCUAUCCCGCUAACCCUGUCUUCUCAUGUUGAGAGAGACCUGUGGAUCUCAGCAAGCAGGUGGUGUGGGGGAAUGAGGAGAGGACAGGUUGGUGAGCAAACUGAGGAAGUUAUUUCCAGAGGGAGGUAAGGUGGGGCAGCCUCUCUCACUCUCAGUGAUGGAAGCAAGGACUGGGAGGUCUCAUUUUGAAAAAGGAUAAGCUGCCCUGAGUAGCAUCACAUUUCUCUGUUCCUCUCCUCAAUUUCUCCAGAAAGGAAAAGAAGUUAGAAACAUCAGGUAAAUGCAUUGGGGGGUUAUCAUUCAAGCUCCAACCUCUCCUCCUUCCCCUUUUACCACUGACCUAGCCUUCCCCCCAUUUCCCUACCCUUCCACCUAGGUCUACCUACCAUUGGCCUUGACUUAGAGGGGAAGACCAGUCCCCAGAUCUAUGCAAUUACUGCCCCCUACAGAAUUUCUCUUGGGGGUUCAUUCACCAUCCUUAACAUUUCCUAUAAAUUAUUGCUGGUGCUGAGAUCAUAGGGGCUAGAGAAUUUAUGUCUUUUGUUUUUUUGUAAGUUUCUAAUUAAACCAGAGAAACCAACCAGUGGAA